GGGUUACAAAGAGUGACUGACUUAAAGACCACAACUAAACUGAAAAGUAUGUCAACUCUGAAGCGUCUCUUAUGACCAUACCAUUCAAAUUACUUUAAAGGCUGGGAUAUCUCUUUAGAUUGACAGCCAGCUAUGUUAUAUUUACGUGUGCUUUUUCUAAGAAUUACUUUUUGAAACUGGAGUGAAAUUGGGAGUAUAAAAGACUUCUAUACCUUACCCUUUUCAUGUAUUAUGAAUACUCCUGAAACCAGGCAUAGAAAAAUCUGUUUUUUUUUCCCUAUAAAACAUUUCAAAAAUACAGUGGAAAGAAAGAAAAAACUAAACGAACCCUAUAUUGACUGGGACACACUUGUAACAAGUGUGUGUGUGUGUGGGAGGGUGGGGGGAGAAUUUAAAAGUCUGGAUUCCUUGACCUGCCUUGCAGCAGCGUGCUUGCUUUGACCUUGGUUACAGCAAAUGCAAAGUAACACUGCAAACAGCCAGCGGCUGUCCAGUACUUAUUUCACAAGACAGAAGGCCUCCCUUUUACCUCUUAGGUGCAAACUGAUGAAAAUACCCAGCGGGGCUACUAUAAUCCCAGACCACUCCCUUGCUCUGGGUUGACACUCCAAAUACAGCAGAUUGUCAGUUGUCACUUAAAGGCAGUAUGUGUCAAACCAUCCUUUCUUAUCUCCCUGAGAAGUGCGAUAGCAUAGUGUCCUAAGGUGAAGAGGCCAGAGGUGCAGGAGAGGACAAGACCUUAAGAGCUCACACAGGAGCAGACACAUUUUUAAUCCGAUUUUUCACUGUGUUUGGGGGCAGAGGACGCUAAGUUUCCAGCGUCACACACGAAAACUGGUCUCUACAGCUUAGGGAAAUCGGCCAUUAGAUUCACCUUGGGAGUUUGUUAACCAGAUUUCAGUAAAGACCCCACUAGUGGCGUUUCUGAUUCCGUAGGUCUAGGUGUGGUCGUGAAUGUGCCGUUCUAAAGAAUUCUUGGGUAGUGAGGUUGCGGGCCCAGAGAUUUCAGAACCCCAGGUGACUAACACCAUCGCCAUCCAAGCUAACCAGCAGCAGGAGAGAAGCAUGGAGGAGAGCGACGGCUGUCCAAACAUCUUUCGCCACCUUCAUCCUCUGUUGCCGGGAAUGGGUCAGAACGGGAAAGCGGCAGGAGGAGCGAUGCCGGCGCCUUAGGAACGGGAACUCCUCUCCCCAACUUCCGCCCCUGGGGAAAAGCACAAGCCAUCAGCUCCAGAAGAGCGGCUCAUCAAUUCUCAGCCUUUAGUUUCUGGCUCUGGAGACAGCCCGACCUCCCGGUAUCGCCGGAGCCUCUGCACCCGCGCUGCAGACGGGCGGACUGCAGGGUGAAGGCAGGGUGAAGCGGUGCCUGAGGACAGACCUCACCAUUUGAUUCUAUUUAGAAGAGAGCCAUCCACUCGGAAGGGAAAGCUUCAGUAGCCGAAGGGGCUGUGACCUUUCGCUGUGACCUUUCAAGCAGUUGGAGCACAGAGGUGGGCAUAUAAAAGACAGCACAGACUGGAAGAAAGACUGAUGAAGAAAAGUAACAGCAUGGUUGAGGUAAUGGAGACAUACUGGAACACGCGGAGAAGCUAGUAUCUUGCAGGAAUCCAAGAUGAGGAGAGUCUUUUUAAAAUAAUCCAAGGAAGAAUCGUGUUCAGAAAUGAGGCGAAUUAAUGUUUGGACACCGGUGCAUGAAAUGUUUUAAAACUGCCCUGACCAUCUUGCCAAAUGAGUCUCUGCUUAUGAGACCCAACAAAAUGAACCAGCCAAGGAGGGAUAGUGUCCUGCCCUGUAUGAACAGUGCCUGCUGACGUCUGAGAGCAAGCUGGGGGUACUGCAUGUUGUCUGCCAGUACCAUGAAGGAAGUGGUUCAUUGGUCACCCAAGAAGGUGGCAGACUGGCUGCUGGAGAAUGCUAUGCCAGAAUACUGUGAACCUCUGGAGCAUUUCACAGGCCAGGACUUAAUCAGCCUAACCCAAGAGGAUUUCAAAAAAACCCCACUGUGCCGAGUCUCGUCUGACAAUGGGCAGCGACUCUUAGACAUGAUAGAGACCCUGAAGAUGGAGCACCAUAUGGAAGCACACAAGAAUGGCCACGCCAACGGACACCUCAGCAUUGGCGUUGACAUUCCCAACCCUGAUGGCAGCUUCAGCAUCAAGACUAAAGCCAACGGAAUGCCAAAUGGGUUUAGGAAGGAGAUGAUAAGGAUCCCCAUGCCAGAACCGGAGCGCUCCCAGUAUCCCAUGGAGUGGGGCAAGACUUUUCUGGCCUUUCUUUAUGCACUUUCCUGUUUUGUUCUCACUACAGUGAUGAUCUCGGUCGUCCAUGAACGAGUACCUCCUAAGGAGGUGCAGCCUCCACUACCGGACACGUUUUUUGACCAUUUUAACCGGGUGCAGUGGGCGUUUUCUAUUUGCGAAAUUAACGGCAUGAUCCUUGUAGGACUCUGGUUAUUUCAGUGGCUGCUCUUAAAAUACAAGUCUAUUAUUAGCAGAAGAUUUUUCUGCAUAGUUGGCACGCUGUACCUGUAUCGGUGUAUUACAAUGUAUGUGACUACACUCCCAGUACCUGGCAUGCAUUUCAACUGUUCUCCGAAGCUCUUUGGAGACUGGGAAGCUCAAGUACGGAGAAUAAUGAAGCUCAUUGCUGGAGGUGGCUUGUCCAUCACAGGCUCGCACAACAUGUGUGGGGACUAUCUGUACAGUGGCCACACGGUCAUGCUAACGCUCACCUACUUAUUUAUCAAAGAGUAUUCCCCUCGGCGGCUCUGGUGGUACCACUGGAUUUGCUGGCUCCUUAGCGUAGUUGGAAUCUUCUGUAUUCUCUUAGCGCAUGACCACUACACUGUGGAUGUGGUGGUGGCAUACUACAUCACCACGAGACUCUUCUGGUGGUAUCACACAAUGGCCAAUCAGCAAGUGCUAAAGGAAGCUUCUCAGAUGAACCUCCUGGCCAGGGUGUGGUGGUACAGGCCAUUUCAGUACUUUGAAAAGAAUGUCCAAGGAAUUGUACCUCGAUCUUACCACUGGCCCUUCCCCUGGCCAGUAGUCCACAUUAGUAGGCAAGUUAAAUAUAGCCGGCUGGUAAAUGACACAUAACAGCUCUGACGACUAAGGGAAUGAAGUACGGUCUGAAGUGCUAAGAACUCCAUGAGAGAAGAUGCCAUAAAGUAACCACCUCCCCCUGCUAUCUCUCAACAGUUACCUUGACUUAACCUAUUGAGUUACCUGCUCAGCACUGUGAUCUUUUUUUUUCUCUCCAAAGGACCUGCGUUGGACAACAAUAAAGAAAAUUUACCAUAUCAUGCACUGUACACAUUUCCUGUUGUUAAGCUUGGGGCUUCUAUAACGGGCAGCCACCAUGCCCCUCUGUGUCAUUCAGCCGCACCACCGUGCGCUUCUAUAUCCUAAGCUCUGGCCUUUCCAGCCACACCUGGAAAUAAAAUGUGUUAUUUUCUUGGGAAAACAUACUUUUCAUAUCUCUUGCCCCAAAGACAGGGCUGUAAGCCAUUUUCUAGUAAAUGUCUCUAUGAAGGGUCCUAAGUGUCUGAAUGGGAGUUGAUUCAGAAUCUCUCUGCCUAUCACACUGACGCUCAGCUGAAGAAGCUAGGUGCAGAGAGGUUUGGUCACCUGGCGUUUUAUACAGUCAGCAGAGACGGUGUAUCAAAAAGUGCAAAAAAAAAAAAAAUCUGUUAUAAAGUGAUUUUUCUAAGUAUUUCCUAACUUUAUUUUUCAAAAUGAUGUUAUGAAAACCAAAUUUAAAGAUUUUUACAUGUCACAGAAAAGAGAGUUAACAUUUAAAAAUGCUUCUUGGGAGAGAAAUUUGUCUAUGUUUCUAGUGCCUUUCUUGUCUUGAUUGUAUGGUCGGUUGGUAGGCGAUCUUAAAUGUUUUUAUUUAUUCCAUAAAAAUAUAAAUGUAUGUAUACACUACUAAAUUUUGCAUUUAUAGCUAAAUUAAAUCAAAAGACUGCUAAUGGGUUUUAAAAUUGUUUUGAACUGAAGAGUAGGGGUGUGAAUUAGAGUACGCACCCAUUCACAUAUUGUGAGCAGGUAGCACUGACAAGUGCCACUGAGAUUAUGCCAUCGGUUUGGUAGUUUGGUUUUAACUACUCAAUAAAAACAGCCAUGAAUAUCUUUUUUUUAAAGAGAGUUUCGAAAAUGAUCACUUACCUAAAACUUGAAAGCUAUAAAUUAGUUAUCCAUACUCUCAUGACAGUUUUGUUGGUGAAUAAUAACAACAACAAAAGAGAUCUAUUUCUUUAAAAUAUAUUUGUGCAGAAACUGCAUGUAACUCUGAGUUUUACUCCUGACAUACAUAUGUUUGGGGAAGUAUUCUACUCUAUACUUGCCAACGUGGAGAACAAAAUAGUUUUCUAAGAGCGAAGAAAUAUAUAUAUAUAUAUAAAUAUAAAUAUAAUAUCCAUUCUGUAUUUUAUGUGCAGCAGGAUUACCUUCUGUAGGUUUUUGUGUGUGUGUGCGUGUGUGCACAAGUGUGUGUGUGUGUAUGUGUGCGUGCAUGUAUGAAUGUGUGUGUGUGUGUGUGUGUGUGUACUCUCACAAGGUGAUAUUUGUAUUGUAAAACAAUAAUGGUGAAGGAAAUAAAAAGGCUUUUAAAUUUUUGUUUGUUUUAAAUCUUUGUAAAGUUAUUAUUCCAGAGAGUAUACUGAUAUCUUACAACUUACCUAAAUCAUAAAUUAAUCCAAAUGCACUUUUUAAUAAAAACUUAUACUGAAA